AUGCACUCGGACCAUUCCCCUUCCAUUCUCAAGCAGUGCAUAGCUAUCCUGCAUUCCCGUGCCACUUCAAUCCACAAACUCAAACAAAUUCAUGCCUUUUCAAUCAAGCAUGGCGUCCCUCUCAACAACCCAGAUAUGGGCAAACAUCUUCUGUUCACUCUCGUCUCCCUCUCCGCACCUAUGUCCUACGCCCACAAAAUCUUCAAGCAAAUCGAUAACCCAAACAUUUUCACUUGGAACACAAUGAUUAGAGGCUACGCCGAGAGCCAAAACCCCAAACCAGCCAUGGAUAUACACCGCAACAUGCGAUCGUUUGCUGUCGAACCCGACACGCAUACGUACCCAUUUCUUCUUAAAGCCAUCGCCAAGUUAAUCUCUGUCAAGGAGGGUGAAGAGGUGCACUCCAUCGCAACUAAAAACGGGUUCGGAUCAUUGGUGUUUGUCCAAAACGGUUUGGUUCAUAUGUACGCUGUAUGUGGACGAGCUGAAAGCGCACACAAACUGUUCGAGGAAAUGUCUGAAAGAAACCUCGUUACUUGGAACUCCGUAAUCAAUGGAUUUGUUCUCAAUGGGAGACCUAACGAAACUCUAACUCUUUACAGAGACAUGGUUGAUGAACAGGUGGAGCCAGAUGGUUUCACUUUGGUUAGCCUACUCACUGCAUGUGCAGAACUCGGUGCCUUAGCAUUAGGCAAGAGGGUUCAUGUCUACAUGUCCAAAGUCGGGUUAGCUGAGAAUCCCCAUGCUGCAAACGCCCUUUUGGAUCUUUACUCAAAAACAGGAAACAUCAAAGAAGCACAUAAGGUGUUUGAUGAAAUGAAGGACAAGAGUGUAGUCUCAUGGACUACACUCAUAGUCGGCUUAGCCAUGAACGGAUUUGGUAAUGAAUCAAUCAAUCUUUUCAAAGAACUAGAAACAAAAAAACUUACACCUAGUGAAAUCACCUUCGUAGGUGUACUCUACGCUUGUAGCCACUGUGGAUUGGUUGAUGAAGGAUUCACUUAUUUCAAAAGAAUGAAAGAAGAGUAUAAGAUUGAGCCAAGAAUCGAACACCAUGGAUGCAUGGUUGACUUAUUAGGAAGAUCAGGUCAUGUACAACAAGCUUAUGAUUACAUCAUCAACAUGCCAUUACAACCAAACGCAGUCAUCUGGAGAACCUUAUUAGGAGCUUGCACAAUCCAUGGACAUACAGGUCUAGCCGAGUUUGCAAGAGCUAAACUCAUAGAACUUGAACCUAACCACAGUGGUGACUAUGUGUUACUCUCAAAUCUCUAUGCUUCUGAGAGAAGAUGGUCCGACGUGUCAAAAGUGAGAGAAAAGAUGUUAGCAAAUGGGGUUCAAAAGUCACCCGGGCAUAGUUUAGUUGAGUUGGGAAAUAGGGUUUAUCAAUUUGUGAUGGGGGAUACAUCUAAUCCACAAAAUGAAGAAAUCUACACUAAAUUGAUUGAGAUAACAAGAUUAUUGAGGUUAGAGGGUUAUGUGCCUCAUGUUGUGAAUGUGCUUGCGGAUAUUGAAGAGGAAGAAAAGGAGACUGCUUUAUCGUAUCAUAGUGAGAAGAUUGCUAUUGCGUUUAUGCUUAUUAAUACGCCUAAUGGGAUGCCUAUUAGGGUUGUGAAGAAUUUAAGGGUUUGUGCAGAUUGUCAUCUUGCUAUUAAACUUGUUUCAAAGGUUUAUGGAAGGGAGAUUGUGGUGAGGGAUCGAAGUAGAUUUCAUCAUUUUAAAGAUGGGUCUUGUUCAUGCAAAGAUUAUUGGUAG